UCGCGAGAUUUCACUUGAAUGUAAGGCGGGAUGGAGCUACGGAGGAGACAGCUCAACUGAGAGAAAACAUGUAAUGUUACAGCUUUAGAUAGUCAACAAUGGCGUGGUAACCUCGGUAAUUAUUCAGUGUCUGUGAUAAAUACGUCUUUAAAUCAGCUUUGUUUGACUUAUUCAGCGAAAUCGACUGGUUUAUACGGAGCGUCAAUACCAGCGUUACAAACUGAGCGUAUCCAAACACAGUGAACGUUAAUGUUAUAGCUACACAGUUAGCUGAAGUCAACGUUAGCUAACCAGCUGUGUUAGCACGGCCUCCAAAUGGAUACUACGGAAGAUUUGUCUGCUCGGGUCCUGCUGAAAAAUGUCCUUUACACCGAAGCACCCAGGACUCCUGUCACCCGCAGUACCUCCCAAGCACAGAGGGCCAGCAGCGGAGCCCGGCGCAGCAGUAGAUUGAGUGGGAAGGAUGCCGGUGCCCAAACCCCACAACAGAUCCUCAGACGGAGCCUGAAACAUAAGCUCCGCGAGAGUGCCUCCAGGAUGUCCCUGCCUCCAAGUAACGUUAACAGAAGAACCACCUUGGCUGCGCUCAGAAAAUCAAACACACAUGCACCGGCCACAGCCUCGCUCCUCUGCGACGAAGGUGUCACUCCAAGGCACCUGCUCAGGAACAUCUUGCAGACAGAGCCCGAGUCGUCCAUGCUGCUCCAGGAGAAAGCAGUGCGGAAGGAGCCACAGCUGCCUUCAGCCAAUUCUAGCAUGAACAGCAACCGUCCCAGUACUGGGCUGUCAGAACUGGAUCUUCCCGAUUUGACAGUAGCCAACACAGUUGGCACUGUAAGGGGACUGAAAAGAAAGAGACCACGUCGCAGCCUUAAUAUAACCGCUUUUGAGAAACGGCUUAAAGACAGCAAUGAUGAUGAAAAGGAGGAUGAAGAAUCAGCAGAUGACUUGUCCUCGCUGUCUUCCAGUUUGUCAAGUUCUGCUACACUAAGUCUGAAAACGCCCUUUGUGGAUGUUCGAACCGAGAAAAGGGGCCUUCAAAGAAAGAUUCCUAACCGCCGAAAAAUCACCAUAGAAGAAUUUGGCGCUGGUAUACAUAAAAGGCAGAUGGGUGGGGAUCCUGGGGCGAGCAUUGGGAUGGUGGAGCGGGCUCUCAGCGAGACAGCUGUGUCUGAGGGCUUCACCCUUGGCCUGAGCGACCUCAUUGAACCUGACCUCACCACCGACAUCGUAAACCAUAACACAGCCCUCUAUGCCCAGCCUGAGACUGCCGAAUCAAACCUCUCCAUCGUUGCAACACAGGACAAACCCACGGUCAUGGCGUCUCAGCUUCAGAGAGACAUGGGAGAAGUGGAGCACGAGGACGCUGCGGCUGAAAUUCAAACAGAUGAAGGUAAUGCUGCGAUGAAGUCUCAGACGGAGGAAGAGGAAGCUGCAGCUGAAUCUCAAACUGAUGAAGAUGAUGCUGUGGUGACGUCUCAAUCUGAGGAAGAGGAAGAGGCUGUGGUUGAAGAUGCUGGUGCGGUCGAGUCUCAAUCCGAGGUAGAGGCUGUGGUUGAAGAUGCUGGUGCGGUCGAGUCUCAAUCUGAGGAAGAGGAGGAGUCUGAGGCUCAAGAUGAUGAUGUGGUCAAGUCUCAAUCAGAGGAUGAGGAAAGAGGGUCUGAAUCUCAAACUGAAGAUGAUGAUGUUGCCAAAUCUCAGUCUGAGGAUGAGGAGGAUGCAGCUGAAUCUCAAACUGAUGAAGAGAGUGCAGCGACUGAGUCUCCACCUGAGAAAAAGGAAAUUGGAGCUGAAUCUGAAACGGAUGAAAAUGAUGCUACAGGCAGAUCUGAACCUGUGGAAGAGGAGGCUGUGUCUGAAUCUCAAACUGAUGAAGAGGAUGACGGGAAGCGGGAAGGGGAGGAUACUGAGCAGGCGACCAAACAUCUGCCACAUGUUGCAGAGCACAUCAGUCGAAGGGCUUAUCGCUCUGUGGGCGGAUUCAUUAUGCCCUUUCCAGAGGCUGAGUGGUCUGGAAAGUUCAAAAGACACAGUGCUGGUGCCAUGUACAACAACCUGGACUUAAGAAACAGUAUGAGUCAUCCUCAUGGUGGGAUCCACGACUUUGCACCGUACUUACCUGAAGGAAGAGCCGGUGAACGUCCUAAUAUUGCAGAGCCCAGCCCUGAUGUUGAAAUAGAGAACAUGAGUCAUCUGCAGUUGAGCGAAGAUCUGGAAGACAGCAAACUCCUGAGCGCUGACCCCGAACAGAAUGCUGCUCAGAGCCCUGCACACCAGGAGGAGGAGUGGGAGGACGAGGAAGGUCUGAGUGAUGUGAGCGAAGAGCUCUCCAUGAAGACCCCUGCUUUUGUCCGAGAGAAAAGGAAUUUUUUCACCUCUGACCCCUUGGCCUCUCCGACGGUUCUUAAAAACAUUGAGACCAGUGUUGCAAAUAAAAGUUUACCAGCAGCCAAACCUAAGAAGGUGAGGGCAAAGCGGACUGGACCAGCCAAGAUGGAACCAGGCCUUCCCAAGAACUACCUUAUGGGUGUGUUCAGACACUUCGCCAAGACAAAGGUGGCUCCAGACGUGUACCCAGUUCUGAAAGAGAUAAUGGAUAAAUUCUUUGACCGACUGGCAGAGGACUUGGAGGCGUAUGCCUUGCACGCAAAGAGGAAAACCAUUGAAGUUGAGGAUGUUGAACUUCUUCUGAAAAGGCAGGGCCAUGUGAAUGACAAGGUGCCGGUCGAAGUGCUGAUUGAGAAAUAUCUUCCCAUGGAGUAUCGCAAGCUCCUGAUCCCCAUCGCAACCAGUGGCAAUGUUGUCAUCCCUAAACAGAGGAGAUGAGAUGCUUUACACAUUACUUUUUAUCACUUUCUUUGUAGGGACUGCUACAAAUUUUGAUUAGAUUGUGCAUUUGAGUGCAUGAGUAAUGUCUCCACUUUUAAGGCUGUUAAGUUCCCAGGAAUAUUAACCAUGUCUGCUUGAAUAGUGUAAAUAUCUUUGAACAUUCUGUACCUUGUUGUCCUAUUUUAUUUGUUUCAAACUGUCUAUAUAUCCUUAAUUGUGUAUUACCUGCUAAAAGAGAGCUUUUCUGUACUUUCUGUUUAAUGACAAGUGGGAAGGUUUUUAUCAAAGCAGUGGCUUGAUGAUGCUUGGCAGCAAUGGCUGUUUUUUGGUAUGGCCACAUAAGGUUGCAUGGACACUGACAUGCCUCAACUUCCUUAACUGUCAUUUCAGUGUGUUACCUUCCCUUAUAGCCUAAAAAAAUGUGCAGACUUGUACAAUGGUGAGAGAAAUCUUGAAAUAAAAUUCAGCUAUGAUUUCC